AUGACACUGGCUGCUGGCGAGGUGUACCCGCUGGGGAAUGUGCCGCUUCACGCCGUCAUCCGCCGUUCGUCAGAGGCCCCACCGCAGCCGCCGCUGGUGCAGUGCGAGUUUGGCGUUGUCGUCUCGCCUGUGCAAACGUCGCCGGCUCUGUCGUGGGUGUCGGCUGAGUCGCUCGACAGCAUCAUCACGUUGAGUGACCGGACAGAGGAGCAGAUGGCGUUGGACCAGCUGAUCUACCGCCUCUGCCGCUCACUGUACCACGUCGCGAUGGGGAAGUCGACGCAGAUGCACCAAGCCUCCGGCGACGAGCCCUGCGUGCACCCCGAUAACAGCGAGGAGAGAUUCCGCAAUAUGCGUGGGCACGAGGACUGGUGCCCGCUGCUCCAUCUCUUCGACCCUUCGAGCUACUACAAGGCGAUGGGGAGGUCGAACCCGCAUGUGGGGUGUACGUGCCCCGGGGAGUCGCGUGGCCUGCUGAACGGCCCGGCGGAUGUGUCGCAGUGGCUGGCGGAUGAGCUGAGCGUGACGCGGCUCUCCGGCGGCAACAGCAACCACGUGUACCGCCUUGGCCACGCAUCGUUCCCGGGGAAGGCUGUCCUGCUGCGCGUGUACGGCGACGGAGGCGGCGGGGCGAUUGACCGCGCACGGGACACACGUGCGAUGCGGCAGAUGAGCAAGACUCAGAUGAGCCCCGCGUUGCUGCAUAGCUUCCAGUGGGGCCGGGUCGAGGAGUUCAUGGACGGUGUGUACACAUGCACGACGGAGAUGCUGCUGUCGUCGCCGCCUCUGCUGGCGGACGUGUACGAGGGGCUCUGCCAGAUGCACCGUCUGCCCGCUGCGCCGUUCCUGCCGGAGAACCUUGACCAUGACGGGUCUUGUAACGGGAGCGCUGUUCAGUUUCCGAGGCUUGAUGAGGUGGCCGCCAUGCUGAAGGGAGGGCAUGAGUACUACAACACUCUAACGCGCGAGAAGGCGCUGGAGAGCGUGUGCCCGACGUCGUUUGAGCGGGCGAGCUUCCGCCUGCUGCGUCUGAUGUCCCCGCACGUUGUGGAGCCGCAGCGGCGGGUGCUGGUGGACUGGCUGGCGGGGGAGAUCAUGUCUGUGCGCCGUGAGCUGCAGAAGCGCGAUACACCUGUGGUGUUCUCGCACAAUGACCUGAACCCCGGCAAUGUUCUGGUGUCGCGGCGGAAGGUGCCGGCGGGGCUGCGCGAUAACGAUGACUCGCUGAGCAGCGACGACGAGGUGACGUCGCAGGUGUCGGUGGAGAGCUCGAUGCUGUCGACGCGCUACGUGACGCGGAAGGGCAAGAGCAAGAAUCUUGUGGAGCGGCGCGGGUACCUGUUCAUCGACUUUGAGUACACGGAUGCGAACUACCGCUGCUUCGACCUGGGCAACACGCUGUGCGAGUUGGACUACGACUACACGCGCGGCACGGAGGCUGGCGGCCGCGGCUUCAUCAAAUUUCUGCACAUGUUCCCGCCCGCCGCGAAGGCGGAGGCGUGGCGCGGUCUCGGUGAGGAGUACCCGCGGAUGCCGGAGCUCAUCGUAGACGCGUGGCGGUGCGGUGCUGCCUGGAGUGGCCCUGCUGACAUCGGCUCCGCUGCGCUGCUGGCGGUGCGGCGGUACUUUGCGACGCGUGACGGCGUGCCGCUCGACACAGUGUCGCUGAGCGAGGCGCAGCUGGGUGAGCUGCUGCUCGGCAUGCUGGCUUCCCACCUCCACUGGACGCUGUGGGCGAUUGUGAUGGGCUGCGUGCCCAACGAGUGCGCUGACUGCGCGGUCGAUGCCGAGGCGUUCGCUGUUGGCGGCAGUGGUCUCGACUACAUGCGCUACGGUGAGUGCCGGCUGCGGGAGUACAUUGCGCUGCGCCAGUGGCUCGCCGCCAACGCAUUCAUCUGA